GUGAAGAAGAACAUGGUGGAGUCGCCGACGAUACAGUGGUUGGUGUUUGCGAAGGAGGACCUGACGGAGAGGUUGCCAGGGAUGCUGCGUGAGGGUACUCAGGUGGCGUUGAUACAACGAGCCACAACACGUAAGGCGCUCCUCUUUUCCUCCAGGGUUGACCCCGAUGACCAGAUCAGAUUCCAUCAUGUUGGAGUCUGGUCUGCUGACAUCGGUGGAAACCAGCAGGAGGAACUCAUACCAGACCUUGAGCAGAUGUACUCAGACUUCCAAGGGCGGGAGUUGCUGGUCACCACCAACGAUAACUGGCCCUUCUUCAAGAUCAACACACUCGACAAUGGCACCAUCAUCCCCAUUUCUGGUAUUGACCUUCAGGUCAUCACCACCCUCAGUGACUCCCUCAACUUCACGUUUCGGGUGAUACGGCCUCCAGAUGACAAUUGGGGUGGACCACAACCUGAUGGGAGCAUCACUGGUCUGGUGGGUCAGGUGGCCAGGCACGAAGCACAUGCCACACUCUGUGAGCUCACAAUUACAAGCAGUCGUGAGACAGUGGUUGACUUCACUGCUCCCUACUAUAUGGAGUCCACAACACUGGUGUCAAAUGCCCUAAAGGAGAAAAAUCGAGCCUUUGCUGUCUUUUCUCCCUUCACAGCCCAGGUAUGGAUUUGCAUCUGUGUGGUGACAGCACUGGUGGGCCCAGUGCUGUAUGUAGUGAGCCACAUAAUGAUAGUGUAUGUGGGGAAGAAGGACCAUGUCCACCACUCAAUGCAGAGCCUUAGCUUCAACAUGUACAGGAACCUGAUGGUGCAGGGCAAUCAGAUCACUUCCCCUCACUGGAGCCUUCGUUUCAUCUUCUUCUUCUGGUACCUCUUCUGUUUCUAUAUAUAUG